GGAGAGACUUUUUGAAAUCGUGAAGUCCAACCGUCAGCGCGCUAACCACCGCUGUGAUCCAUAAACCGCGUCGUCGCCCAGCGCCGGAUCCACACACGCCUCCUAAACACCUGCAGGGGUGAUGGCCCCGCCACCCGCCCCGGGCAGCCCGUUCCGAUGUGUGGCCACUUGGAUUGUGAAAAAAAAAAUUCUGUGAUAUCUGAACCUCAGAUUGAGGCCGUUUCCUCCAGUCGUCCCUGUAGAUACGGUAGAAGAGCCUGGCCCCCACCUCAGUACAGCCUCCUGUCAGGUCUGUUACUGUGAUCAGCCUGGAGGACAAGGAGGGGGAAAAAAUACAGGAAGGUGCACGUAACGAUCCCGCUCCUGACACAGAUCUUUUGCCACACAGGAAGGCUGUGAGGAAGGAACUCAGCAUGUCCCGUCAGGAGCAGAAUAAUACCACAGAAACCAUGACCAGCCCGAGUCCUGAACGCUGGGAACUGUGAUUAACUCCUCAGGAAUCUGUGCGGAGCAAGUCGUAUUUUCUGGGCUUUUUUAGGCCCUGCGGAUGCAGAGGGUGGAGAUGAGCAUUGAGCUGAGGAAGGCCAAGAAAGAUGAGCAGAUCCUGAAGCGCAGAAAUGUGUCCCUUCACUGUCCCGGCUCCCCGUCUGACUGUGAAUCAUUCCCUGUGACACAGGUUAUUCAGCUGUCCUUGGAGGAGAUCGUGGAAGGCAUCAAUGGGAACAACCCCAGGCUGCAGCUGCUGGCCACACAGGCCAUCAGGAGAAUGCUGUCCAGGCAGAAGGACCCCCCCAUCAGUCAGAUCAUCCAGCUGGGGAUCAUCCCCAGGAUGGUGGAAUUCCUGGGCCAUGCUGAGAAUGCUGCCCUGCAGUUUGAGGCAGCCUGGGCACUGACUAACAUUGCCUCUGGCACCUCGGAGCACGCCAGGGCCGUGGUGGAUGGAGGUGCCAUCCCAGCCCUCAUCUCCCUCCUGUCCUCCCCACGCAUGCACAUCAGUGAGCAGGCAGUGUGGGCUCUGGGCAACCUUGCAGGGGAUGGUCCUCUCUACAGAGAUGUUCUUAUCAAUCAUGAUGUGAUUCCUCCCUUGCUGGCUCUGGUGUCACCUGUAACUCCAGUUGGCUUCCUCAGGAACAUCACCUGGACACUGUCCAACCUCUGCAGGAACAAGAACCCCUACCCUCCCUUGGAUGCAGUGCACAAGAUACUGCCUGUCCUCAUCUGCCUCAUACAGCACGAGGACAAGGAAAUCAUCACUGACUGCUGCUGGGCUCUCUCCUACCUGACCGACAGCUCCAAUGACCGCAUCCAAAUCGUGGUGGACACGGGGGUUCUCCCCAGGCUGGUGGAACUCCUGGCCAGCAUGAACUUGAUGGUUAUGACUCCAGCUCUGCGUGCCAUUGGGAAUGUGGUCACAGGGACGGACCAGCAGACCCAGGCAGCCAUCAAUGCCGGUGUCCUGGCUGUCCUGCCCCGUCUCCUGCGGCACUCGAGGCCAGGGGUCCAGAAGGAAGCAGCGUGGACACUCAGUAACAUUGCAGCGGGGUCUUCCCAGCAGAUCCAACAGCUCAUCACCUGUGGGUUACUGCCACCCUUGGUGGAGCUGCUCGACAAGGGUGACUUCAAGGCUCAGAAGGAGGGUGUGUGGGUAGUGGCCAACAUCACAACUGGAGGAACAGUGGAUCAGGUGGUGGAGCUCGUCCGUUCUGGGGUCCUCAAACCUCUGCUCAACCUGCUCUCAGCCAAGGACAGCAAAACUAUCCUGAUCAUCCUGGAUACCAUUUCAAAUCUCUUCCUGGCAGCUGAGAAGCUGGGAGAGACAGAGAAGUUGUGUCUGCUGCUGGAGGAGCUCAAUGGUGUGGAGAAAAUUGAAGACUUGCAAAACCAUGAGAACAACAUAGUCUACAGAGCUGCCCUGAACAUCAUAGAGAAAUACUUCUCUGGUGAGGAAAACUCAGACCUGGAGCCUCAGACUGGCCAAGAUGGGCUGUAUGAUUUCUCAGUGGAGAAGCGAGACUUCAACUUCUGAAGAUUAAAGCAUGACACAGCUCUGAGCUGGUGGGUGAAGGUGCUUUGAAAGAGCUCAGACAUCCAGUUCAUGAGAAGCAGAGAUGCUGAGUCUUUUUACUUCUGAAACUUGUCAAUAAAUUGCACUUCUGGCUUUGUA